AUCGCAUUCUUCGUUCCGACCACCUCUGACAUGCCGACGGACCUGACCAACGUCAAAUAUGUCGCCAUUGCCAUAGCAAUAGCAGUCGUGCUCCUUGCCGUCGCCAAUUGGGCCUACUACAAGUACUACUUUGUGCCGACGCAAGUAGGGAACGAUUCGCUGUUCAAUCGCCAGUUUCUCUCGUUCAUGCCUGGACUCAAGCGCCAAGACCUCGAGGAAUACCAACUCGACGAAGAGCUGUGGUCAUGCUCCGUGUGCGACUUUCAGAACUUGCACUUGAAGCCCGUGUGUCUGCUCUGCGGCACUCGACGUGACACGCGGUUCAUUGAAAUCCACGGCGUGUCGACGCCCGCGAAGCCAGCCACCGUCGUUCGUUCGUCCAGCUCCAAUUACCUGCAAGUGACUAGCACCCGCGCGUCGUCCCUGCAUGCAACCGCGUCGCGCAUUUACUCGAUGGCGUUCGAAAAUGUCGUCUUGCCCGAGGACUUGAACGCCCAGCAGCGCAGCGCUCGCAUGCGAAAGCAAUGGGUGCGGCUCCACGACGUCCAUGGCGUCGUGCGGUGGACGAGACGCUUCCUCGACGCUGCCCAAGUCCCCGACGCCCACGUGAUUCAAAUGAACACACCGCCGCUGCCGAGCACCCCUCCCCCAUCUUCGUCGGGCAACUUGUCGCCCGUGGUAGAGUCCCCCCGCACGACCCAUCAGUCGUCCAUCGACUGUGCCAGCCCGAAUGAUCUCCUUCAGAAACUCCAUCAAGCGCCCACAGAAGACUGCCACGUCAUCAUGUGGCAGCCCCUCGACACGACCCCGGCCAACGUGACCGUGCUGGGCUCUGUCGUGCCGCCCGCGACCGCGUCGAGCUUGCUUGAGAUCUCCAAGUUGCCGUUUUACAUGAAAUACGCGUGGUUUCUGCACCAAGUGCACGACCUAGUCGUCCCGUACGACGAGCUGCACAUCAAAGUCAAAGUCAUGCGAGAUGCGAUCGUGCAAGAGGCGGUGGAGAACCUGCUCAGCUACCCCCCCCGCGCCCUCUGUGCGAUCGUGCGCUACGAAUUCACGGGCGAAUCAGCCCAAGAUGCCGGCGCCGUCCAGCGAGAAUGGUGCUUCUUGUGUUAUAUAAGUGGAAUUAUAACACUUGGUAGGUACAUGCUGGUGUCGGAAGGGCUGCUCGUGGAGGCGAAUGGACUGUUUGUCGUGCUCAACCGAGAAGACAACUCUUACUUUAUCAAUCCAAACUCGAGCCAUGCGUGGCGGCACCCCAACCACAUGGAUCACUUGAAGGCAUUCCAUGCCGUCGGUCGCUUCCUCGGGCGGUCGCUCUUGGACGGCCAAGUGAUUCCCAUGCACUUGAGCCCCGUGCUUUUAAAAGCGAUUUUGGGGGUCCCGUUGACAUUGGAUGAUGUUGAAGGCCUGGAUCGCACCGUGCACAAGGGAUUGCUCUACUUGCUCGACCACGACAACGCACAGGACUUGGCGCUGACGUUUUCGGUGUCGGAAACCCACGGACACAACACUGUCGUCGAAGUCGAGUUGGUCGAGAAUGGACAUUUGAGAGCUGUGACGGACGCCAACAAGGCCGAGUACGUGCGCCUGAUGGUGCGGUACUUGGUGUUUGGGCGCGUGGAGGCGCAGUUGUCGGCGCUACUUCAAGGCGUGUACGACGUUGUCCCGCCAGAAUUACUCAUGCCAUUCGACCACAAAGAGUUUGAGCUGAUUUUGUGCGGGUUGGCCGAAGUGGACGUGGCCGACUGGAAAGCCAACACAGUCACGUCAUCCAACUUGGACAACUCGUCGCCCCUCCAGUGGUUUUGGGAAGUGGUUGAGGCCAUGUCGCCGGUGGAUCGCAGUAGAUUGCUGCAAUUUGCCACUGGGUCGUCCCGAGUGCCCGUCCAAGGGUUCAAAGGGUUGACCAGUUAUGACGGCGAAAUCUGCCGGUUUACGCUCAAGGGCGUGCCGUACGAGGGUGGGGCGUACCCAGCCACCCACGCGUGCUACAACCGCAUCGACUUGCCAUUGUACCCGACCAAGGACAUGAUGAAAGAAGCGCUGACGAUGCUGCUGCUGUCUGACCCGACGGGGUUUACGAUCGAGUAGUUGGUGUACAGUAGUAGUAGUAGUAGUAGUCGUUAAUCACUUUAUUUAUUUCCAGGUAGUGAGUAUAUGUAGUACUAGUAUUGGAGUAUAAACAUAUCCAAAGGCGUUGACGAGGAAAAUGCAGAGCCCCUG